CACUCCCUCCCACCUCCUCUCUUUCCUUUCUUGUACCCCAAUUAUUUAAUGGUCCAUGUUACCCUUCCGUUGAACUUCCCCGAUCGUGGUUUUUCGUGGAAUUGAUCUUGGUCGCGUGUGUGCUACCCUCCCCUCGCCGUCCUCUCGUCCAUUCCGCGACGCUCGGCCCUUUUUCCCGCACGUUAUCGCGCCUUCUUCCCACUGUCUCCGAUAAAGGUGUGCAACAAACAGCUGCUUGGCCGUCGAGAUCAGGAAGAGUCGCGCGCCACGUAACCUCGUUCCGUCGUUCCGUUCGAUUCACCAUGGCUCGUGUACGGAGAAAGUCGAGUAACCUGGGGGCGGACAUCCGAGGCGACACCAGCGCUCCGGCCAUGUCGACCAUGAACGAAGUCAGUCCCAUUGAACCACAGGCCCCCAAAUGGGACGAGGUCCUGCAGUCUCAAGCCUCCGCAUCCAAGCCGCACACCAAGCGUCGCAAGAAGUCCAUCCUCCGUCGCUUCAAGGACACCUGCCUCAAGCACACGUGGGUGCUGCCUCUGCUCAUCCUCGUUGUCCUCCUCGCGCUGUAUGCCGUCAACCCGACCGAGUCCAAUCCGAUGCACAGCGCCAUCUUCCUGUCCUAUCCGCAACCUCCGAAAUACCCCGGCGGUCCGAUCAUGUACGGAAAGGGACCGAAGGAUAUCACGUUCGUUUCGUUCUACAUCGUCGUCCUGUCCUUCACUCGGGAAUUCCUCAUGCAACGCGUGAUCCGGCCGUUUGCGGUGUACUGCGGGAUUCGUGGCCGGGGUAAAACUGCACGGUUCAUGGAACAGGUGUACACGGCGAUGUACUUCUCGAUUUUCGGUCCGUUCGGCUUGUACGUGAUGAGCCGGUCCGAUCUUUGGUACUUCAACACGACUGCUAUGUUUGAGGGAUUUCCGCACCGGGAGCAUGAAGGAUUGUUCAAGGCUUUCUAUCUGCUGGAGGCGAGUUACUGGGCGCAGCAGGCGAUCGUGCUGCUGCUCAUGCUGGAGAAGCCGCGCAAGGACUUCAAGGAGCUGGUCGCGCACCACAUCAUCACCCUUGCCCUCAUCGGUCUGAGCUAUCGCUUCCAUUUCGCGCACAUGGGCAUUGCUGUCUAUAUCACCCACGACAUCUCCGAUUUCUUCCUUGCGACCUCGAAAACCUUCAACUACCUCGACUUGCCCAUCACCGCGCCGUAUUUCGGGUUUUUCGUCUUCAUGUGGAUCUACCUCCGCCACUACCUGAACCUCAAGAUCCUGUGGGCCGUGUUGACCGAGUUCCGCACGGUUGGACCUUUCGAGCUGAACUGGGAGACCCAGCAGUACAAGUGUUGGAUUAGUCAGUACAUCACGUUCGCCCUGCUGGCCAGUCUGCAAGCCGUGAACCUCUUCUGGCUGUUCCUGAUCCUGCGCAUCCUGAAGAACUACCUCUUCACCAGCAUCAAGAAGGACGAACGAAGCGAGGAUGAAGACUCGGAGGAGGAGGAAGUCCCUGCGCCGGAGGAGGACACCUACGCUGCCGUCGCCUCGGGUGUCGAGAAGCCCACCCUCAACGCUCGCAGCAAGGAGAACCAGACCCCGCAGGUGCUGGUGAACGGCGAGCCCGUCAAGUCCAAGAACUAGCCUAGCCUAGAACCGCAGGCAACGAUGGCAUCGCUCUAAUUAGCAGCACAUGUCUCGCAACAACCCCGUUGCAACACUCCUCCCUUCCCAGGGUGGUAUAACCCUACCCCCUACGGAACUUGUUUGUUUAUAUUAUUGUAUGAAAGCACAUUUUACAUUGACGGCAGCCUUGUUUGAACCCCAUUCAGUUCAAAAAAGGUCUUGCUUCAUUUACUUUUUCUCUUUCUUCCUGCCAUCAUAUUUUGCCUGGUGUUUAUGGUCUAAAUGGCCCAUUUGUGCCCCCCCCUUUUUUUCAUUUUUUUUUCAACCCUGUCUGCCGUGUGGCGCGCGUGUGCAUGCGUGCCAGAUGAUGCAUGCAGCUGGCUGGCUGGAUGGAUGGAUGGAUAUAGUUACGAUUUCCAUGAAGGAGCGGUUUCCGUGCGGUGAUGGUCCCGUG